AGCUGAAACAAGCAGCAGAAAUUCUCAGUGUUUUCCAAAGAAAACUGAGCCGGCAGGCCUCGGUUCGUUCAGCGGCUUUACGAAGAUGUUGAUGCUAACAGAGAUGAGAAACGAGUCAAAAUGAACCCUUUUCAGUACAACAUUCAACAGAGAAUGAGGAAAUGAUGCAUCGAGUGAGCAGCAGCAGUGAUUACUGUGUGGGUGAACUGGCAGAGGACUCUCAUCCAGCCAGCCACUUUGAUUUGUGCAGCACACAACCUGACAAGUUUUACACCUCUCCGACAAGCCCUGGUUUGCAGCUGUCUCUUGCCAGCCUCGCCCCCUUACCACAGGGAUUGCACAAAGCUGUAGCAUGUCAGCUGCACGACUCCCAGAGCGACCUCCAGCCACAGACCACGCGAAUCAGAACCACUGAGGCUGCUGGCUCCAAGAGAAAGAAGGGCGACGUGAAGUCAGGGAGGAGAGGCAGGCCAUCGGGUACCACUAAGUUGGCAGGGUACCGUACAAGCACUGGACGCCCGCUUGGUACAACCAGAGCGGCUGGGUUCAAAACCAGUCCAGGGAGGCCCCUGGGGACCACCAGGGCCGCGGGGUACAAAGUCAGCCCCGGCAGGCCGCCCGGCAGCUUCAGGAGCCUCGCUCGUCUCAAGAAGCUGCAGUUGGGUUGCGACGGCACCAGACAACUUGACUUGAGCACCUGCAGCGUUCCCAAAAGCCUGGACUUCACCGGCUGCGACGUUCCUCCGUUUGUGUACACCAUGAUGGAGAGCAGAGACCUCUGCGAGCCCAGCGGCAAGGUGGACGAAAGCAGCGAGUAGCAUUCCAACGAAUGGUUGACGGAGAAAAACAUUUCUAAAAAUGCUGAGAUUUCUUUUCUUUUUUUUUUUCUUCCUCUCACUUAAAACGACUGUGUAGUUUUACUUUACAGUGAACUGAUUUAACGUUCGUUGUUCUGGUUAGAUGCAUGCUUAUAUAUUAACACAUCAGUAUUGACCCCCCCCCC